ACCAAAUUAAAUCAUAACUAGAGAGUUAGAGCUAUAGUCUUGGAGUAGUUAGAGAGGGAUUGUGAAUUUCUAAAUCGAAGUCGUGAAUUUCUAAAUCGAAGUCGUGAAUUUCACAUCGAUCGUGUACUGGAAUCGGAUACUGCUAUGAUUUUUGACUGGGAGUCCUCAAAAUAUUAAACAGGUUAUGUGUACCAUGACACAGCCAUUUCUAGUGCAAAAGCAACAUUCGUUCGUUUCAGACAAAGCUCCUACAUUUCAGGCAUGGAAACAUGAGUUCCUAUACUUCAAACCACCUGCGAUUACUGUCUCUGACAAAACAGUUAACCUCCCACGUGAACCAAGGCCGCCAUGCGGACGCCCUCUCUCUCUUCCACAGCAUGCAAGCCUCGCCAUCUCUCACUCUCGACCCUUACGUCUUCCCCCUCGUUCUCAAAUCAUGCGCCGCCAUCAGCCGUCCCCGACUGGGGUCGUCGAUUCACGCCCACGCCACCAAGUCAUCUCUCCUCUCCAACCCAUUCGUCGCUUGCGCUCUCGUCGACAUGUACGGGAAAUGCUUCUCCAUCUCUUCAGCCCGCAGAUUGUUCGAUGAAAUCCCUCAACGCAACGUCGUUGUUUGGAAUUCCUUGAUUUCUCUGUACACGCGCUGCGGGCGCGUCGAUGAGGCUUUGCAUCUGUUUCAAUCUAUGGAUGUCGGGCCAAACGAGUCCACGUUUAAUCCCAUUAUAGCGGGCUUGUCUGAAUUGGAAGAUGGGCCUUUCAUGGCUACCGAGUUUUAUAGAAGAAUGCAGAGAGUGGGUUUGAGGCCCAAUUUGAUCACGCUUCUGGCUCUGUUACCUGCUUGCGUUGGCGUGGCGGCAUUGAGUUUGAUCAAAGAAAUUCACAGCUACGCGCUUAGGAGUAACACAGAACCGCACCCGCAGCUGAGAAGUGGUUUGGUGGAAGCUUACGGGCGAUGUGGGUGUCUGGUUUACGCGCGAAAUGUAUUCCAAUGUAUGGAAGAAAGAGAUGUAGUUGCUUGGAGUAGUUUGAUAUCAGCUCACGCUUUACAUGGUGAGGCAAAGGCUGCAUUGGAGGUAUUUCAGCAAAUGGAGUUGGCAAAAGUUUGGCCUGAUGACAUUACUUUUCUUGGGGUAUUAAAAGCUUGUAGCCAUGCCGGAUUAGCAGAUGAAGCAUUGGGUUAUUUUGAUAGAAUGCAUAAGGAUUAUAAACUAGAAGCGAGUGCUGAUCAUUAUUCGUGUUUGGUCGAUGCGUUGAGCAGAGCAGGGAGGUUGUACGAGGCUUAUAGAGUUAUAAAAGAAAUGCCUGUGAAGCCAACCGCAAAGACUUGGGGAGCUUUGCUUGGUGCUUGUAGAACUUAUGGAGAGGUGGAGUUGGCUGAGAUUGCUGGGAGAGCUUUGUUUGAGAUAGAGCCGUCUAAUGCUGCCAAUUAUGUGUUGUUGGCUAGGAUUUAUGCUAGUGUGGGGAGAUAUGAGGAAGCUCAGGGAAUGAGAAUGGAGAUGAAGGAAAGGGGAGUGAAGGUAGCACCUGGUGGCAGUUGGGUUGUGAAUCAAGACUAAAGGAAUGAGCUUUGGGUGAUUUUCCUCUAAACGAAUGCUAAUCUUUAGAUUCUAUGUUGUAUUUUGGUGACGUGCACACAUGGAGAAAGGGCUCUUCAUUGGCUGAAUCCGUUUCCUUACCUAGAGCUACCAUACCUAGACAACUUGGAGUGGGAAAUGAGAAGCCACUUAGUACUCUGUCUUGUUUCUAUGAACAAAACAAAGAUUAAGAAUAUUGGUUGGAAAAUCAGUUCUUUGUUGGGUUCAAUUUAUUGUCCUAAUGCAAAAUAUGUUCAUGCUUUAGUUCCUUCCAAGCCCCCCCUUCCUAGAUGCAUUCUUUCUUUUUCCACUUUCGAGUCUAAUAGCUAUUCUAUACAAGCCUAUCCGACCUGUCGGUGUUUUUCA